AUGUGCAUGAACAUCAUUGGCAAUGAUAUCAGAGGAUUUCAUCAGAAAAUCCACAGUGAGAUGAGAGGUCAAGUUUCCAGCGUGGCUAACAUGGGAAAGAUGUCCAGAUCAAUUUUUGUAGUCUUGCUCCUGAAGCUUCCUCUUCUUUUGUGCAAUUCAACUGAAAGCAUGUGCUUUUGGAGAGUAAAAUUCAAUGAAAACACUGAUGGGGACUUGCCACAGGACUGUGCUUUUCUCCUUUACACAGCUGAGGAACCUGUACCCAAAGACUUUUUCAAGUAUCUCCUUGAAGUACGUUUGCCUUCCAAAAUAUACCAGUAUGUUCUAUCAUUGUAUUUUGCUAUUGAGGAGAUCAAUAGUAACCCCUACCUUUUACCCAAUGUGUCUCUGGGUAUUGCAUAUUUUGAAGGUAAAUGCAAGGGUUAUUUAUCAUUAAUCACGAAUCUAAAUAUAAUGACAAAAUAUCUCUACCCUAUUCCUAAUUACAUCUGUUAUCUGCGUCAAUGUGUGAUGGCACUUACGGGCCCACUGUGGAGAACAUCUGCACAAGUGGCAGCAAACCUUCAGAUCACCCUUAUCCCACAGAUUACCUAUGGACCAUUCCACCCUCUCCUGAAUGACAAAGACAAGUUUCCUAAUCUGCAUCAAAUUGCCUCCAAAGACAGAUUUCUGUCUGAAGCCAUGGUAUCCUUGUUGAUACAUUUCAGCUGGAUGUGGGUGGGACUGGUCAUCCAAGAUGAUGACCAAGGUAUUCAAUUUCUCUUAGACAUAGGAGAAGAAAUGCAAAGAAAUGGAGUCUGUGUAGCCUUUGUAAAUAUGAUCCCAGAGGACAUGCACUUACUCAUGACAAGGGUUGAGAAAUAUUACCACCAAAUCAUUGCAUCAUCAGCAAAUGUUGUAAUCAUUUAUGGGGAAGUGAACUCCACUCUAGAAGUGAGUUUUAAACAUUGGGAAUAUUUAGGCACACAGAAAACCUGGGUCAGCACCUCACAAUGGGAUGACAUCACAAGGGAGAGUGACUUCAGCCCUACUGCAUUCCACAGGACUUUCACUUUUUCACAGCAUCAUGGAGGUAUUUCUGCUCUUCCUAAUUUCUUGGACAGAAUGAAGUUCUCUAAGGACACACAUUAUUUUUCUCCUGAAAGACUGGGAUGGAUGUACACCAACUGUUCAAUAUUAAAAUCUAACUGUAAAACACAGAGUCAUUGUACAUUCAAUAACACACGGGAAUUGUUAGCAGGGCGCAGAUUUGACAUGGCCAUAAAUGAUGAGUGUUACAAUAUAUAUAAUGCUGUAUAUGCUGUGGCCCACGCCCUCCAUGAAAUGCUUCUUCAAGAAAUAGAUUUUCUGCAACAGAAAAAUGUGAGCACACUAAUAAAUGAGUGCAUUCAGAUACAUGCUUUCCUUAAGAACAUGCACUUUUCUAAUCCUAUUGGAGACAAAGUGAACAUUAAUGAGAAAACAAAAACAGAUGCAGAGUAUGACAUCCACAUAAUUUGGAAUUUUCCACAAGGUCUUGGAAUGAAGGUGAAAAUAGGACAUUUUUCCCCAUAUUUUCCACAAGGUCAAAAACUGUAUUUAUCUGAGGACAUGAUUCAAUGGGCCACAGUGAGUAGGCAGAUCACCCCUUCUGUAUGCAGUGUGAGCUGUGCUCCUGGAUUUAAGAAAUCCCACUCAGAAGAAAAAGCAUCCUGCUGUUUUGACUGUUCCCCCUGCCCUGAAAAUGAGAUUUCAAAUGCUACAGAUCUAGAUCAAUGUGUGAUGUGUCCAGACGAUCAAUAUGCCAACAUAGAGAGAAGUCACUGCUUCCCCAAAGCUGUGACAUUUCUGGCUUAUACAGACCCAUUAGGGAUGGCACUGGCCUGCGUGGCCCUGUGUUUAUCUGCAUUAACAGCUCUUCUUCUCAGGAUCUUUUUGAAAAACCAACACACUCCCAUUGUGAAGGCCAAUAACUGCACUCUCAGCUACAUCCUGCUUGUUUCUCUUUUCCUUUGUUUUCUCUGCUCUCUGCUCUUUAUUGGACAUCCAAGCACAGCCAGAUGUCUCCUGCAGCAGAUUACCUUUGGGAUUCUGUUCACUGUGGCUGUUUCCAGUGUUUUGGCCAAAACGAUUACUGUGCUUCUGGCUUUUCACUUGACUGCCCCAGGAAGAAGGGUGAAAGGACUGCUGUUAUCUGGGACACCCAAAGUCAUCAUUCCUAUCUGUUCCAUUUUUCAACUUAUUCUCUGUGGAAUCUGGCUGGGAAUGUCUCCGCCCUUUGUGGAGAGAGAUGCACACUCUGAACAUGGCCACAUCAUCAUUGUAUGCAACAAGGGCUCAAUCACAGCCUUCUACUGUGUGCUGGGGUACCUGGGCUGUCUGGCCAUAGCAAGCUUCAUCGUGGCUUUCCUGGGCAGGAAUCUGCCUGACACCUUCAAUGAAGCCAAGUUCCUGACCUUCAGCAUGCUGAUGUUCUGCACUGUCUGGCUCACCUUCCUUCCGGUCUACCACAGCACUAAGGGGAAAAUCAUGGUGGCUGUGGAGGUCUUCUCCAUCUUGGCCUCUAGUGCAGGCCUUCUAGGCUGCAUCUUUCUUCCCAAGUGCUAUAUUAUUUUGUUAAGACCAGAUAGAAACAUUUUACAAAAGUUCAAGAGUACAAAUCAUCCCUGACACAUCCUUAAAAUUUAA